AUUUUCUAGGGAUUUCUACUUGCAUAAGGUCUGAAUUCUAUUUUUUUUGUGUCAGCCUCGCCAACUCACCUUCUUUGCACAAGACUAAACGUGGCCUUAGUUUAUCUAUGUACUUAUUCCUGGGUAUUUGAUACUCGUCUGAUCCUAGGAAAGGUGAUAGAUAAUAUAUCUGCAUAGCUGGAUAGCUGGAUAUCGUGGUCUAGCUAAAAGAUCAUCCGUCAUGGAAGUCCUACGAGACGCUCUGCAGCCUUUGCGGCCUAUUACGAAUGCUCUACCUACCCCCAUCCGCGAUCUCGGAGUGUCUAUCAUCGGAGACACAUGCUACAAGACUUUGAUCCUUGAACUUGACCCCACCGAUCCCGAAUGCCUCAAAUUUGCUAUCUCCAAGGGCCUCGGUAUCGGCAUCAUCGGCGCGUCGUCUAUCGUUAAGGUCCCUCAGAUCAUCAAGCUCCUACAGUCGCAAUCCUCAUCCGGCAUCAGUUUCUUGUCCUAUCUUCUCGAAACCUCAUCCUACCUUAUCUCCCUCGCUUAUAACUUCCGCAACGAAUUUCCCUUCAGCACCUACGGCGAGACCGCUCUGAUUCUGGGACAAAAUGUGAUCAUCACCGUGCUGGUUCUGAACUAUAGCGGCAGGGUUAGCAUGGCGGCUUUGUUUGUUGCGGCUCUCGCGACGAGCGUUGUUACGCUGUUCAACGGUGGAAUACUCGAUAUGCAGACCCUAGGCUACUUGCAGGCUGGCGCGGGCGUGUUGGGCGUCGCCAGUAAGAUACCUCAAAUCGCGGCCAUCUAUCAGCAGGGCGGAACAGGUCAGCUGAGCGCAUUCACGGUCUUCAACUAUCUAGCCGGCUCGCUCUCUCGAAUCUUCACGACGCUGCAAGAGGUGGAUGAUAAGCUGAUCCUGUACGGUUUCGUCGCUGGCUUUGCGUUGAACUUGGUCUUGGCUGCGCAGAUGGUAUACUAUUGGAACGCACCUUCGGCCAAGGCUAGGGGAAAGAUGAAGGAGGCCGCCCCGGUUCCAGUCGCUGCCAGUCAGAGUCAGAGCUCUGCUGUGUCUUCGGCCACUCCCAAAAGUAAGGGACCCUCGACGAGGCGCAGGGGCUAAAAAAUCUCCCGCCACGCCUUGAGGAAGCCUCGUGGAGCAAGAUCUCAUUUUAUUAGACACCAACUGCUGUAAUACAAUUUACGUUAUACCGCGGUAUUUUACUCGCUCUACCAUUCCCG